CUGAGUGUAUCCUCAAUACUGUACAGUGUCGUAGUCUUGUUCUUUGUUUCCUUGGAUAGAUUUAGAAAUUUGAUUUAAAUCAUCCAUCGGUUUCCCGCCUCUGAAAAAUUCAAACUUCUUUCCUCUACUGCUACACUUCAAUUUUCCGACUCCAAAACUAGACGCCGGUACGGACAUGGCCGUAAUUUCGAAAGUCGUUCCUACCGCCUCCGCCGCUUCCGUCGCCGCCGAUCCCCUCUUACAAUUUCUCUGGUCAAUCGAGGAAGCCCUGAGUUCAAGCACCGGCGCGGAUCUUGAUGAGCUCGUAUCGAGUUGUAUUGAAAAUUUUAAGAGCGAUCCUCGUUACAAAAACGACGUCAGAUUUCUCAAGAUUUGGUUCCUCCACAUGGAUGGAAGGUCUGAUUAUGAUAGCGUGUAUGCAGAAAUGGAGAAACAUAGGAUUUGUCUUACCAAUUCCUUGCUGUAUGAGUUUUUUGCUCAACUUUUGGAGGCCAAAGGAAGGCUAAUUGAUGCAUAUAUGAUCUAUCAUUUGGGCAUUUCAAGGUCUAAGUUCCUUUUCGUCUUUUUUUCUUUUUUCUUUUUUUGGUUAUCUUGAAUUGAGAAACCUCUUACUAUUAUUUAUAUAAAUGCUUGAUCAGGAGAAAUGUUUAUGAAAAGCUAAUGUCAUUGUUGUGCAGGAAUGCUGAACCAAUAGGGAGGUUGAAGAAAGCACAUGUUUUAUUUCUGGAGAGGAUUUCAGAUCGAGUAACAAUUGGUUUACUUCCAAAGAUUGAUGAGAUCGAUGGGAGCCAUGUCAACCCAUGGUUAAUCUCAACCAUCAAAAAUCAAUUGCAGAAUCUGAAGCCUCCAUUACUGAACUAUGAGGGAUAUUACGAGAAUAAGAAACCAUAUAAGGGAAAAGUUGCAUUGUCUAAUUUGCUGAAAUCUGCACGGAAUAAGACCAUUGAGAUUGGUGGUUACAAGUACCAAAUCAAAGGCCGUGCAGGUCAAGGUGGAUUUGCUCAAGUAUUUAAAGCAUUUGAAGAUGGUAAUCCUGAAGACGUGGUAGCGCUUAAGAUCCAGAAGCCAGCUUUCCCCUGGGAGUUUUAUAUCUAUCGCCAGCUUGAUACUCGGAUCCCAAAAACAGAAAGGAAGAACUUUGGUCUGGCGCACCGACUACAUCUCUAUUCUGACUACAGCAUACUUGUUUCUGACUUUUUGGCCCAUGGGACGCUUCAGGAUGCUAUAAACUCUUACCAUGUAACUGGUGCAUUCAUGGAAGAAGAAUUGUGUAUAUAUUAUACAAUAGAGAUGCUUUGCAUCUUGGAAACACUACAUGAUGCUGCAAUUAUUCAUGGUGAUUUCAAACCUGAUAAUCUGUUAAUUCGACAUGCCAGAGACGAUCUGAUGGACGAUAAAGAUGGCUUUUGCAAACACACUGGUUCCUGGAGGGAUCAGGGACUUUGCCUUGUUGACUGGGGAAGGGGCAUAGACAUGCACCUGUAUCCUGCUAAUACAUUAUUUAUGGGAGACUGCCGGACUUCAGGCUUUCGUUGCAUUGAAAUGCAAGAAAAAAGGCCUUGGACGUAUCAGGUGGACGCCUACGGCCUUUGUGUUAUUGUUCAUUUGAUGCUUCACGACUCAUAUAUGGAACUUGAGAAAAGACCAUCUCGAGGAGGGGACUAUAUUUAUCAGCCUAAGAAACCCUUCAAGAGGUAAUGCAUCAGAACUGACGAACACUUCAAUAUACAAGUCUAUUCGUUUCUUCCUCGAUUUAUUCUUAAGAUCAUUGUCAGAUAUUGGCAAGCGGAACUAUGGAAAAACCUUUUCACAAAGUUGAUAAACUCAAAUCCAAGUGAAGAUCAUAAAAGUAUGCUACAGAAUCUGAGACAGUCAUUCCAGGAUCACAUGUGCUCAAAUCCUCAGCUAAUAGAAAAGCUAAAGCAUUUGUUGGUGAAGCAAAAAACUUCCCUAUGUGCUUAGCAGUGGACAAAUUACUCAUUUGAGCUCAGGCAACCUUUUCAGAAAGGUACACUGGCUAGUAUCCAUUUGUCAACUUACUGGUCAGAAAAUGUUAAUGUACAGUCUGAAGUUGUUUGUAUGUGGAAAAUCUCAUCCUGCAAAAUGUAACGUUUAUUAUCAGUGUUUGGUUCCUACAAUCGAUUGUAGCAUAUGAUCUAUAUAGCUGAUCUAUCUACAUGGAAAAAAAUGCUUAGAAGUCGAAUUUCUAUCCUACUGGGGGGAACUCUCUCCGUCGCUCUGGGUGACAUCUGAUCAUUGUUGAUGGGAUCAGGCUUCUGCAUUGCUUGUGCAGAGUUUGCUGCUUCAUUCUCAAGCACAUUAUGCAUUCUGUAGAAAUUGUUUUAAUUUGAUGAAG